ACUACACACCGCUCUGCUGUCUGUGCUCGCGCGCCCGCUCGCCCGCACCCACUAUGGCCACCAUUCAGCAGCUGGUAGGAAAAUGGCGUCUGGUGGACAGCAAAGGCUUUGAGGACUACAUGAAGGAGUUAGGAGUGGGAGUAGCUAUGAGAAAAAUGGGUGCAGUGGCCAAGCCAGAUUGUAUCAUCACUUGUGACGGCAACCACCUCACCGUUAAAACUGAGAGCACUCUGAAAACAACACAGUUUUCUUGUAACCUGGGAGAGAAGUUUGAAGAAACUACAGCUGAUGGCCGAAAAACUCAGACGGUCUGCAACUUUACGGAUGGUGCGUUGGUUCAGCACCAGGAGUGGGAUGGGAAGGAAAGCACAAUCACCAGGAAAUUGCAGGAUGGAAAGUUAGUUGUGGUCUGUGUCAUGAACAAUGUCACCUGUACUCGGGUCUAUGAAAAAGUGGAAUAAAUACUCCAUCAUCACUUGGACAAGAAUUAGCUUUGAGAAUGAAUAAGCUCAGUUCAAUGAGCAAUUCUCCAUACUUUUUUUUUUUUUGUCAUUACUUUGGUCAAGUACCUUUAUCACAAGCAUUUUACAUGCAACUAUUUCAAAGUAUUGAUUUAACCAGGUUCAUCUCUUUGGUUAAUAAAUAAAUAAAUAAAUAAAUAAAUGUGUUUAUGCUAAUAA